UAUACCAAAAUUGCUAAAUUGUUUUUACAUUUUUUUAAGAAUAAGUCACCCCCCGCCCUAGGCCCUGAAACCGGCGGAACCUGCCCGGAACGCAAGCAACUGAUAACAGACUGAUCAGUACGGCAGUACCCUACCGGGCUGGGAAAAUGGCAUCAGCGUGUUUGCUGCUUCCACUAGGUUGUAUAUUUGGCAAAACCAAUUCCACCAAUGGUAAAAGAUCAUACAAAAUAAAUAUAGGUGCUGAAAUACAAUCAGUAAACACUAUUGAGCAUCAGAAUGGGUAUGCUGUGAUGAACCGCAGAAGCUUAAUGAACAUAGGAGUUGGACUUCUAAGUUUCGAGAGUGGCUCUACAUUUGUUAGAGCUGCUGGAUUGCCCCCCGAAGAGAAACCAAAACUGUGUGAUGAGUCAUGUGAGAAAGAGCUUGAAAAUGUACCCAUGGUAACUACGGAGUCUGGGUUGCAAUACAAGGACAUUAAAGUUGGCCGAGGACCUAGUCCUCCUGUUGGAUUUCAGGUAGCUGCAAAUUAUGUUGCAAUGGUUCCAUCUGGCCAAAUAUUUGACAGUUCACUGGAGAAGAGGCAAGUAUACAUUUUCCGGGUCGGCUCUGGUCAGGUCAUCAAGGGGCUAGACGAAGGGAUCCUCAGCAUGAAAGUGGGAGGAAAACGCCGCCUCUACAUCCCCGGACCACUGGCAUUUCCGAAGGGUCUGACAUCUGCUCCGGGAAGGCCACGUGUGCCUCCCAGCAGCCCAGUUAUCUUCGAUGUGAGUCUAGAGUACAUUCCCGGACUUGAGGACGAGGAGUAAGGUCAUUCAGCAUUUACUCAUCACAUUGCGCUACUCCCCAUUCAUUUUUUUAUAUCCACACGCAAUUGCAUGUAAACCUCAAUGAACGAACAUUGUAAUCCCCAAUUUUGUGUUACCACCUAACAGAAGUAAAAACCCCCUACUUCCCCAACGUGUUUCGAAAAAAAAGGAGAAAACUGUUAAAAACAUUCAUUUAGGAACUAUGAUGCACAAACAUACAUAAAUCAAGGGGGUGUCCCCAACUUUGAGUUUGAAAGAUUUCGGAGGAUUAUGGAUUUCAUAGGAUAUUAAUGGAAUUUGAUAG